UUUUAAUGUUAAAAUAACUCAACAAAGGAGUAGGUAGAAACAAAAAACUGUGGGCAAAAGAAAAAGAAAAGACUUUAUUUAUGAUAAAAAAAAAGGUAUAAUUAGUGCAAUGGAGUAUAUGAGAAGCUCACUGGUUUGCUGAUUUUGAGGGUGAAAGAAAAGGAAGCAGUGCUCUCCAAGUUUUUCAACACUAAAUAUUACAAAAUCUGAGCUUCACAAGAAAGAAAGAACCCAUCUUUUCUUUUCUUUCCAUUUUUACUCUAUUUGGGGGUUUCCUCUUAAAAACAUCAACAACUCAGGAAAAAAAGGGGCUUUGGUUUGGUGUUUUUGGGGGUAAUGUUGAGGAAAAGAACCAGAUCCUUCCAGAAAGAUCAACAAAUGGGUCCUUUAACAAAGUCUGAUUCUGGUUCUGGUUCUGAGUCCUAUAACACCAACUCCUUUUUCAAUGUCCCUGGUCUUUAUGUUGGUUUAAGUCCUAAGGGUAUGUCUGAUUGUGAUUCUGUUAGAAGCCCAACUUCUCCUCUUGAUUUUAGGUUGUCCUCCAAUUUGGCAAAUCCUUCCUAUAGGUCCUUGAGGUUGUCCCAAUAUGGGCACCAGAAGAGCUGGGAUUGUAGUAAAGUAGGCUUAAGUAUUGUUAAUUCUCUUGAUGGUGAUGGUGAUUCUAAUAUGAAAGCAUCUGGGGAUGCUAUGAACUCAUCAGAUAGCAAGAACAUUCUUUUUGGCCAGAAAGUUAGGAAUAAAACCCCAAACUUUCAAGUCAAUGCUAAUUCUUUCGAGGCACCGAAAUCUCUGCCCAGAAAUUUUGCGAUUUUCCCUCAUGCCAAGUCCUCCUCUUGUCAAGAGGGCAGCUCCGAUGUUAUUUUUGAGAUCGGAGAAGCCCUACCUGAAGGUGAGCGCUUCGGAAAAGUUCGGUCUUGUUCACUAGACGCCUGCAAGUCAUUUUCGAACUUGUCCCAUUUGGCUAAUCGGAAUUCUAAUGUUGGUCGUGGAGAAUCCCUGCUGAAUACUGUAGCUAAUAACCGAGUUACUUCUCCUCUUCAAUUUUCGGGAGGAAGCCCGAAUUCAAAUAACUCUUUUCAUAUCGAUUUGAACUUACCACCUGCUGGCUCUGCUAAUGGAUUUGUUGAUUCUCUAUCUGCCAGCGAAAUUGAGCUCUCUGAGGAUUAUACAUGUGUAGUUUCACAUGGUCCUAACCCCAAAAAGACUCAUAUUUAUGGUGAUUGCGUUUUGAAAGACUUCUCUAAUGGAGGAAAGGAGGCUGCAAUGCCUCAAGCUAUUACUAGCUCUAAGAUUCAUAGUUCAUUCGCAUCAAAUGAUUUUUUGAACCUCUGCUAUUACUGCAACAAGAAAUUGGAUGGCGGAAAAGACAUUUACAUUUACAGAGGUGAUAAAGCCUUCUGCAGUUUAAAUUGUCGUGCACAGGAGAUUAUGAUCGACGAGGCAUUGGAGAAAGCAAACAAUAAGUCAUCCAGUGAACCUCUCAAGUCCGACGAUGACAAGGAACUCUACGAGAGUGGCAUUUUUGACGCCCCAUAGUCGCUCCAAUGCCUUAUUAGUAACCGUAGCCACCACGCCCAUGAUUGAUGAAACUCUCAGCAAGGUUAGACACCCUUGAUCAUCUGUUUUGAAAGAGCUGUGCUUGUGCAUCUGUUAGCAGCCAUGGAUGAUCGUUUUGUAUAUCGCCGCCUUUGCUGUUUGUGGUUCAUUCACGGUCAUGGGAAAUAAAUGAUUUACUUUGGCUAUAUUUUUGCUUUUGGUCAUCAUAAUUCAGACUUGCAUCCUCUUAUAAUUUAUGUACAACUGGUAGCCAAUUUUUUAACGCUACCCAAGUUUAACUAUUUGACCAGCCUUAUAAUGUAAGUCUGUGAACUCAACAAGUUUUUGACUGAAUAUAAAAUGCUAUAUUAGCUGUUGUAUUGUA